CACACCUUGAAAAUAAAUAAAAUUCUUUGUUAAAGCCCUACUACUUACUUCUUACCGUGCGCAUGAUUUGAGUUUGGUGAUCGCUCUCGGAGUCGGAGAGAGUUCGUUGCGGCGGUUGCAGUAGAACAUUGCAGGAUGAAGUUCAACAUUGCAAAUCCAACCACUGGGUGCCAGAAGAAGCUCGAGAUUGACGAUGAUCUGAAACUACGAGCAUUUUGGGACAAGAGGAUCUCACAGGAGGUCAUUGGAGAUGCACUUGGUGAGGAAUUUAAAGGCUAUGUCUUCAAAAUCACUGGAGGUUGUGACAAACAAGGUUUCCCAAUGAAGCAGGGAGUGCUGACCCCAGGUCGUGUUCGUCUCUUGCUUCACAGGGGGACACCUUGUUUUCGUGGAUAUGGAAGGCGUAAUGGAGAGCGCAGGAGGAAAUCUGUUCGUGGGUGUAUUGUCAGUCCAGAUCUCUCUGUUUUGAACUUGGUCAUUGUGAAGAAGGGUGAGAAUGAUUUACCAGGUCUGACCGACACUGAGAAGCCUAGGAUGAGAGGUCCAAAGAGAGCAUCCAAAAUCCGUAAGCUGUUCAACCUGUCCAAAGAGGAUGAUGUGAGGAAGUAUGUCAAUACAUACCGUCGGACAUUUACAACAAAAGCUGGUAAAAAGGUGAGCAAAGCUCCGAAGAUACAACGACUGGUCACUCCUCUUACACUCCAGAGAAAGCGCGCAAGGAUUGCUGACAAGAAGAAGAGAAUCGCCAAGGCAAAAUCAGAGGCAGCCGAGUACCAGAAGCUCCUCGCCUCCAGGUUGAAGGAGCAGAGAGAGCGUCGCAGCGAGAGCUUGGCAAAGAGGAGGUCCAAGCUGUCCAGUGUUUCUAAGCCAGCUGUUGCUAUAUAGAUAUAUGGUAAAGUUUAAACAUCAUUGUAGUUUUUUGUAUUUUUUGUUUUUCAAGGUGUCUGUUAUGACAGACAGUUGAGAUUUUGUUAUAUCUUAAAUACAUCGAUUUUCUUAAUAUAGUGUUGCUUAUUGAAUUA